UCCCUCAUCGCUUCAUCAGCAUCCGCAUCCAAACCCUAGCCGAAAGAAUCUGCCCUCUCUCUCUCUCUCUAUUUCUCUCUCCUCAAUCCGCCAUGGCCAAAAAACGAAAGCUCGUCCAAAACUCCGCUCCAGCGCCUGAAUCCAAGCCUCAACCCGAACCCGAACCCCAAUCUCAACCCGAACCCGAACCGAUCGAGGAAGAACAGCCUCCUACCGAAGCCGAGCCCAUCGCUGAAGAACAAGCAGCAGCAGCUGAGGAGGAGGAGGAGGAAGAAGAAUCAGAGGACGACGACGAAGAAGAAGAAGGCGAGGAGGAGGAGGAGGAAGAGAAACCCCAAACCCUAGAUCAAAACCCUAACCCUAACCCUAACGGGGUUAGCGACGAUCUGGAGGACUCUGACCCCCAAUCCAUACAGAAGAUCCUCGAGCUCUUCCCUAAGGACCAGCUCGUGGACAUGCUCCGUGCACCGCGCCGUGAAGGCACGCGGCUGACUCUACGUCCCAGCAUCGAAUUCCCGACAUCCGCGCCGUCAGCCGAUAAAGUCGACCGGCAAGCUCCAAGGGCUAUGCGUUCAUCCUCUCAAGCGUCGGAAGCGAGGGCCUGCAAGAAUGCUCUGAAGGAGCUCAGAAGAAGAUGCGGAGUCCGGCUGACUUCGUGCCAGCUGGCGUUGCAGCGGGGCCGGUGCGCCAGCCGCCGGCCAGCAGCAGCGCCUGUGUCCGAGUAUACUCAAAGGAAGAUCUUUGUUAGCAAUGUCGCAGCUGAUAUUGAAACGCAGAAACUUUAUGAAUUCUUUGCAAAGUUUGGGGAGAUUGAAGAAGGGCCUCUAGGGCUCGAUAAGGCGACUGGAAAGCCUAGAGGGUUUUGCUUGUUUGUGUAUAAGACGGUCGAGAGUGCAAAAAAGGCUCUAGAGGAGCCACAUAAGAAUUUUGAAGGGCAUAUGCUGCAUUGUCAGAAGGCAAUUGAUGGGCCAAAGAACAAGCAAGGGUUUCAGUUCCAGCACGGGGCCGGUCAGUAUUCAGGCGGUAAUGCUCCAAAGGCAAACUUCUCCGGGGGAGUUGGGAGCCACAUGCCAGCUGGCGGAGGGCAUCUGAUGGCGCCCUCGGCUACUGGGAUGGGAUAUCAGGCUCCUGCAGCUCAGCCUGCGGCAGCAGUGGGAGGGAUUAACCCGGCAGUUAAUCAAGCUCUGACUGCUUUGCUUUUGGGUGGGUUGGGACCGGCUAUGAAUCAGGGAGUGCCUGGGCAAAUGGGAGGUAGUGGAGUUCAAGGUGGGUAUGCGAGUGGGCAGAUGGGGUAUGGAGGGCAACCACAAGGUGGGUACGGGGGAGCACAGAUGGGGCAGGGACGUGGGACCGGGACAUGGGCACAAGGUGGCGGUCCGCCUUACAUGGGGCAUCAUUAGAUCCUAUAUAGGUGGUUUCUACUGGAGUUCCUCGUUCUGCACCAAUGCAAUGCAGUUUUAAUGGUUUUAAUAACUGUAGUCCCUACAAAAGCUAUGAGUUUUUCAGCAAAUGUUCACUGGAACUAUUUUCAUCCUUUUAAACUUUGUAGUAUGUGAUAUUUUCGUCAACUGGAUUUGGUCUCCUCGAAGCCAUUUCUAUGGCUUUGAAUCUAUUGUACAAGUAGUUUUUGGAUUUAAAAUAUGUUGGAUCAUUAAUCUAUUAAUUGCCUGGUUGUUUUUCUA